AUGCUUGCCCCAAUCGCGGGAAUGCAUCGCCCCGUCCCAUUCCUCCCCACUCGCACACUGGUGUACGCGUGCGCGUGCAAGUGGCCUAUGUGUCCGCUCAAAGCCCCCCCACUUCCCCUCUCUUUUCCUCCUUCCCUGCUGUGCUGUGAGCGCAGACCCCAUGGUGUAUGCGGCAAGGAGGUAACAGCUGAGGUGACUCAAAAGGGCCCCUCUGAGUUGGAGGCUUUGAGCGCUGCCAGCAGCAAGGAGGUGACAGCUGAGUCGACUCAAAGGGGCCCCUCUCCCUCCUCUCUUCGCCCCUCUCUCCCCUGUGCUGGGCGUGCAGGGCCCAUGGUGUAUGUGUGGCCCAUGGUGUACGCGGUUGCGUACUGCGCCGCCAGCACCAAGCACCGAGUGGCGCGAAUGGGCUUUGCUGGUAAGUGCUGCUGCUGCUGGGUGCUGCGAUCACAGGGGCGUGUUGGUGGGAGAGAGGAAGGCGAUAGGGGAGCGUCUGCACACUGUGCUGCGAGCAGCAAGGAGCGAGUGGCGCGAAUGGGCUUUGCUGGUAAGUGUUGGUGGGUGUUGGUGCUGCUGGGUGCUGGGUGUUGGUGGGUUCUGCUGGGUGUUGGUGGGUUCUGCUGGGUGCUGCGGGAUGCAGCACUGGGGCGUGUUGGUGGGGCCAUGGGAGUGAUGAAUGGUGUGAGUGGGGAGAUUGGGAGAGAGAGACCCGGCGGGAGCAGCUGUUCCGAGUUAUGGGAGGGAUGUGCAGACACUGCUGCUGCUGCUGGUGAACAUUCCUGUCCCGUUUGCCUCUCUCCCGCACUCUUCUUCCCCUCCUCACCCCCUCCCUGUCCAGACUCCAAGACCCUGACAGAGGCGCGGCGAGAGCAGCUGUUUCGAGUUAUGGGAGGGCCGGCAACUGCUGCACCUAGUGGGAGAGACAAUGGUGGUAGUGGUGGUGAUGGAAGCAGUGUGAUUGUGGAUGGUGGGAAUGGGAAUGGGAAGGGUGGGAAUGGCAGCAAAGCAGAAGGUGUUUCUGUGGCCGGCAGGGAUGGCGGCGAGAAGGCAGAGCAGGCAGGCAGUGCAUCGGCGGCAGCGGGAGUGUCAGUGGCAGCGGCAGCAGGAGGGGCAGGGGAGGGGGCAGGGGCAGCAGAGGAAGCGAGUGUGAUCGGGUGGGAGGUUGACGUCAUCAAUGCGGCUGCCCUCUCCGCUCAGAUGCUCUCCAGGGAGCGCACAAGUCUGAACGCGAUCGCCUUUGAGUCGACUGCAAAGCUCAUUCAACGCGUGCUGGACCAAGGAGUCAACAUCGUGGAGGCAUACGUGGACACGCUAGGAGACCCCCAGAAGCACCAGGAGCGCCUUGAGCAGCGCUUCCCUCUCGUAAAGUUCACCGUGGCAAAGAAGGCUGACAGCCUCUUCCCCAUCGUCAGCGCCGCCAGCAUUGCUGCUAAGGUGACUCGCGAUCACUGCAUUCAGCAGUGGGCCUUCUCUGAGGAUGCACCGUCGGUCCGCCCCUCCCAGCAGCAAAGUCGAUACAGUCAACUGGGUAGCCGCAUUCUUCCGAGUCAACCGAAUGAGGGAGCUUUGUUGGCCGCGGGGCCGAAUGAGGGCGACAGGGAAGGCUGUCCAGCCGGAGGGGAGGAGGCAGCUGGAAACACAGAAGCAGCAGCAGCGGUGGGAGGAGAAGUGGAAGGAGAAGAAGUCGAAGAAGCAGGAAGGGGAGAAGCAGCGGCAGGAGAAGCGUUCAAUCUGAAUCUGGGUUCAGGAUACCCUGGAGACCCCGCCACCAAGGCCUGGUUGGCGGGCAGUGUGGACCCGGUCUUUGGCUUCCCCUCUCUCGUGCGCUUCAGCUGGGCGACCGCCAAAACUAUCAUGGACUCCUCAUGCGUGCCUGUGCACUGGGAGGCAGAUGAAGCUGAGGAGGAGGGGCAGGCGUGGGCGGUCAAGCAAUCGAGCCCCGCAGUUUCUGUCCCUGGCUCUGCUCCUUCCAAGCGCAAGCGGAAGAACGUGCGCUACCCGCUGCAUGACGUGGAUGAGGACGAUUUAGAGGACUUUGACACGUCAGUGUCUUCAAGCGACUCGGCCGAGUCGUCUCCCCGGCCUUCCUGGGAAAUUGCAGCAGCUAUGGAUCCACGUCAGCUUGACUGGGUACACCUCGCGAGCCGCUUAAAGUCGUCUGCUCUUGGCGUGCGCCACCAGAAUAACACCUCAGCAGGUUGUUUCCAGACGAUCGUGGGCUCCUCGCUGGAGGACGAGGAGCGCGUCGCUGACGGGUGCUCGGACGACAAAAGUAUAGAGCGGUCCGAGGAUUGGAGCGACGGUUCGAUUGCCACAGGAGGAGGCGACUACGAGCGGGAUGAUUCUUCUAGUGGACGGGAGAGUGAGAGGUUUGAGGAACGGUGCGAGGCGGUGACGGCGAACGAAGAGGCUGUGCGGGAAGUGGUUACACGCGAGCAGACGGGGAAGGAUUGGCGGUCGGAGCAAUCGUGGGACGCGAGUAACGUAGGGUUGUGGGACGAGCGAGGAGACGGCGAGUCGGACGCGGCGGAGUCGGUACGGAGCAUCUUCAGCUGGCCGGUAGUUUCGAGCUCCGAAAGCGAGGCGGAAGGCACGGAGAUGGUCGACAUGGCGCGGGCGGUACGGGUGGCGGAGAUGGUGGGGAAGGCGGAGACGGCGGAAACGGCGGAGACGACGGAGACUUCAGAGACGGCGGAGAUUUCGGAGACGGCGGAGAUGACGGAGACGGCAGAGGCGGCGGAGAUGGUGGGGACGGUGGGGAUUGUCAAGAUUGACAGCGAGUUACAAGUGCGUGUAGUUAAGGGGCUUAGGCGGGAGGAGGAGCGGUGCGGACUGGAGCUGCUAGGCGCCGUGGUUGCGAGGAGUAAUUUAGAGCCGUUUCGAAAUAAACUGUUAGGUGGCGUAGUAGCGAGGAGGAGUAAGAGGCGGAAGAGGCGCGCAGCGGUGAGUGCGGCGCGCAUAGCGGGAAUUGAAGACGACAGUAGCGAUUCCGAAGCGGAGGGGAUCGAAGGGCGGGAGAUGCAAGUGUUCCGCGUAGCGGUUGUACCGCCGGAAGAUGGGGGCGCGCACGGCGGAAUUAAGGGGGCAGUGAGUGGGGGCGGGGCUUGCUCGAAUCAGACCAAUAGGCUUCGGGACGGAGUUAGCGAAACGGUUGGGAUGCUGGGUGGAAGCGUGGAGGAGGAACCGGCGAUGUGCCUUGCCCGAGCGGCAGCAGGUAUCGCGGCGCUGGGAGGCGAGAAAGCGGGUUUGGCGGAAGAGUGUCUUCCCGCCGACGCUGCCAGCAGCCCCUGUCGCGUCGCGGCUAGAGAUCCUCCUCCUCCCACGGGUUCGCGCUGCGACGGUGGGCCCGAUAUAAGGACGAGCCGGGCAGUGCUGCCGCGCGAGGAAGGGGACAGCGGGCCAGCGCGCAAAGAGGCUGGCGCACGCGAGUCCGCCUCCACGGUCGGGGAGAUCUGCUACCACGAGCUUCAAAGCGCGUCCGCCGCGCCGCCAGACCGCGCGCAGCUGCUCGCCGCGCUGGCGCGGGCGCAGGGGCUGGCGGAGGGGCAGCAGUGUCUGGCGCCGUGGGACCCGGACGCGGUGGUCGCGGUGCCCCUCGGGACUGCCGCGCAGGUGAAAUCCGCGCUGCAGGCCUCGCGGGAGCUGCUGCGCGCGGAAGAGCUCGCGCUUCCGAGGGAGAAGGGGGAGACGGGGGAAGUCGCGGAGGCGGAAAUGCAGGCGGAUGGGGAAGACGCUUGUCGAGGGGAGGACGGGCAGGAGGGAAUGGGGGAAGUGAGCGGGGGCGGCGGAAGCGGAGUAAGCGAGGAAAGCGGGGGAAGCGGGGGGAGCGGAGGAAGUGGGGGAACCGGGGGAGGCGGCGGAAGCGGGGGAAGCGGCGCGCUGCCCAUGGUGCUGGCGCGCACGCUGCAAGCCCUGGACUCGGCCAUUAUGGCGUGGCGCGUGCUUGCGUGCGUCGCCGUCGUUUGCGCGCUGCUGUCUCUCGGCGCGCACGCGUCCGAAGCGGAAUUCCUGCCGCCGGCGCCGGAGGAUGUGAUUAAAACGGAGGGCGGCUCGCUGUCCGUGUGGAGCCGCGAGUUCGAAUUCUUCAAGGAUGCGAACAUGAAUGCAGCGCGAAUGGAAGUAGCAGCCUUUUCUCUCGCCCUGCCGGAAUAUAACGACGCCCCGCAGCUCUCCUUCAUCACGCACGGAUGCGCCUUCAUGGGCCUCCUCUCGCCCAUGGGGGUCCCUGCUCCCCUCAGGAGGUCAGGAGGCAGCAACGACGCCCCACAGCCCUCCUUCAUCACGCACGGAUGCGCCUUCAUGGGUCUGCUCUCGCCCAUGGGCGUCCCUGCUCCCCUCGGUGCUCAGGUGAGCGCUCAGGUGAGUGCUCAGGUGAGUGCUCAGGUGAGUGCUCAGGUGAGUGCUCAGGUGAGUGCUCAGGUGAGUGCUCAGCCUCUGCUUCUUGAAGCGCAUUCAAUGCCCCUUCCCUCCCGCUUUCAUCAAUCGUCCCAUUGCUGUGCGCAGAUAGGUGCAGGAGGGGGAUGUGGUGCCAAUUCCGCGCGGCUGGGCCAGUUGGGCGUGGAACAACAGCUCGGAGCCCCUCAAAGCGCUGCUGCUGUCCGUCCGACACGCCUUGACUUCCCCUAUACCCCCCUCUCUCGUUCCCCGCUGCUGCAUGCAU